AUGGAUCCAAGGUUGGACCCAAAGUGGGACAUACGCUUUCCCGAUGCAAGUUCACGACCAAAGUAUGGGGACAAAAUGAUCUCUUCUUAUAAUCUCUCCUUCAUUUACACCUGUGCCAACUAUCCCGAUGAUGACGGACUUAUACUAGCGGAUCCCGAGAACAAGAGAGUGUUCCUAGCUACACUUCGAGUCCUCUUUGGCAAUACCAGAACGGAUAUUCCUUAUGUGGUCACCACCUUCGAGGAUUCGGACCAUUGGAUCACCAAAAAGGUAGCUGCAGUGGCGGAUAAGUACAUAGACGAGCUACUUGCCGACAUUCAAACGUUGUCUUCGCCCGAAAAAGAAGCCCAAAAGAGGGAGCUCAAUAUCAGAGAUUCGACGUUCCCAAAUAUUAAUUCUAGAAAGGCUACGAGAGAGGAAAUCCUCAAGAUCUAUGCCGGCGCGUGUUGGUAUGACCCUGAGGGAACAGGUUUCGAACCCGCCGAAUUGCGUAUUCUACUCGGUGCCUUGAUUGGCAUGAAAAAAGGCGAACGCGUCAGGGCGAUACCCCCGUUUGUCCGUUCCUUUAUUGAAGACGAUCAAGAUACUUUCACGGAAGAAGUGAAAAGAUUCGCGAGCUUGAGAAAGGAUGAAUUGCUUGGCGAAGUCGACGUUUUGUGGCGGAAUCAUGUGACGAAGGAUUUGACACCCCCAGCGCUUGUUGAGCCUACACCGGCUGAACCUUCAAUCCCGGCCGGAUACAGAAACGUCGGCUCUGCCUAUGGCGCGCCAGACAUAAGGCCAGUGCCUGGUGGCCUGAGCACAAUCAGCCAUCCUUCAUCUCAAACUCCAGCUUCUGGGCACGGGCAAGACUUCAUCCUAGGCCAACUCCCUGAGGGGUCUCAGUUCCAGUCCGAGCACGAAGGGUUGUAUGGGCACCAGACUGUCCUCGACAAAGAAAGCCCUCCUUCCAGUAACGCAGAAAUCUCUGCCUCCUCCUCCUCCUCGAGACGAUCAGCAUCGCCCACGGGAGCUGGAGUGAAACGCCAAACCAAGGAUGAGAAAGCUCGUCGGAACACAGCAAAGGGAGGUAGCGAGAAGAAGGUGGAUGAAGGUGACGAGAAGAAACCUAGGGACAGUCGUCAGAAGAAGGCUGUUAGAGUCAAUUAUCAGGCCAAGAAGGUUCAUCCCCUUCGACCAAAGUAG